UUUUGCUUUCAUCGCCCAAACCACAACUUUGUUCCCCAAAACUGACUAAUCAUACCAAUGAGAUUAUGGCGGACUUCCCAACCCCAUUUGAUCAAAACCCAACAAUCAAAACAAAACCAUUUCUUUGUUAGCUCCUUGUCUUCUAAUAAAGCCCUCCCUCACUUUGCUUGUAUAUCUAUUAACCCCCUCAUCACGUUUUCAACAAGUAUAGAAACUGUUGAAGAGGAAGCAGAGAAGGACCAAGAGGGUUGAUCAUGGCUGCUGCUUCUUUUUGUUCUUCCGGUGUUCUGUUCGGAGCAAGAGAGAAUGGAGCUUUUCUGGCACAGUUUGAUGGCCUUAGGCAAGUGGAGAAAAUGCAUAUGCCUUUAGCUCCCACCAAGCCACAAGGGCUUGUUUCUACUUCAGAACCAAAAUGCAGAACAAUCAAGGCCAUGGCAUCCCCUGCUGUUUCUGCUCCCAAAAGAGAAACGGACCCCAAAAAAAGAACUGUAAUAACAGGGCAGGGUCUAGUCUCAGUUUUUGGAAGUGACAUUGAUACUUUCUACAAUAGACUCCUGCAGGGAGAGAGUGGGAUCACUCUAAUUGACAGAUUUGAUGCUUCAAGCUACUCAGUUAGAUUCGCGGGACAGAUUCGUGAUUUCUCUUCUACAGGCUACAUUGAUGGGAAGAAUGAUCGCCGUCUUGAUGAUUGCUGGAGAUAUGGUAUAGUAGCCGGCAAAAAGGCCCUUAAAGAUGCCAACCUUGGACCUGAAGCCCUUGAAUCUUUGGACAAAACAAGGAUUGGAGUGAUAGUUGGGACAGGUAUGGGAGGCUUAACAGCUUUCAGCGCCGGAGUGGAGUCUCUUGUUCAAAAGGGUUACAAGAAGAUUAGUCCAUUUUUCAUUCCUUACUCCAUUACCAACAUGGGGUCAGCAUUGUUAGCAAUAGACACCGGGUUAAUGGGACCAAAUUACUCCAUCUCUACCGCUUGUGCCACUGCAAAUUACUGCUUCUAUGCAGCUGCAAAUCACAUUAGAAGAGGUGAAGCAGAUAUCAUGGUAGUUGGAGGGACUGAAGCUGCAGUCAUGCCUGUAGGUGUUGGAGGUUUCAUUGCUUGCCGGGCCUUGUCUCAGAGAAAUGAUGAACCCCACAGAGCUUCAAGACCAUGGGACAAAAAUCGUGAUGGUUUCGUUAUGGGAGAAGGCGCUGGUGUUCUGAUUAUGGAGAGCUUGGAGAGUGCAUUGAAAAGAGGAGCACCUAUAAUUGCUGAGUACUUGGGAGGCGCUGUAACUUGUGAUGCUCAUCACAUGACAGAUCCUAGAUCAGAUGGACUUGGAGUGUCAUCUUGCAUAACCAAAAGUUUAGAAGAUGCUGGGGUUUCCCCUGAAGAGGUGAACUAUGUGAAUGCUCAUGCAACAUCCACACUAGCAGGAGAUUUGGCCGAGUUUAAUGCCAUCAAAAAGGUCUUUGGGAAGAACACAUCCGAGAUGAAGAUCAAUGGAACCAAGUCCAUGAUUGGACAUGGUCUUGGGGCUGCUGGUGGAUUGGAAGCCAUAGCAACCAUCAAAGCAAUCAACACUGGCUGGCUUCACCCAACAAUUAAUCAAGAUGACUUGGAGCCUGCUGUUACAAUUGACACCGUCCCAAACGUGAAGAAGAAGCAUGAGGUUAAUGUUGCCAUCUCAAACUCAUUCGGCUUUGGAGGGCACAAUUCUGUGGUGGUCUUUGCCCCUUACAACCCCUAAACAGCAUUCAAGCCAUGAAGUAAAGCAGUAAUUUCCCAUCACCUUUUCUCUAAUUAGAACCUCAUUGAUUCUGGGAUGUUCCAUUUUCUCUGAAGCAUACUAGAGGCUAUGUCAGUAUGAGAAUCAAGUGCACUGUGAGGAGUCCAAAAGCCCAUGUAGCCCUUUUCACCAUGUGCAUUUUAUCUCAUCAUGAUGAUCUUUGAUGAGACCGGAUUUUUUUUUUUUUUUU